AUGCUGCGUUCCAGGCUUGUCAAGCGUGUUAUGCUAGAAAGAAGCGAUGCGUCACGAGUCCGAGUCAUCAUCAAUGCACAUACUGCUUCAGAGAAGGACAGCGCUGUUUGCCAAGGGAGCGACCAGUCAGCCGUGCGAAAAUACACGCCUGAGAGUCCAUCUGAACAAGCCCGCCCCAAAUAUAAUCUGCCCUUGCCACAGGGUAUCGACCAUGAAGUACCCCGAUGGAGCGCGAUGUACUCGAUGUUCACGGAAGCGCUGCGACUGAUCCCUCCAGAGGGGUUUCAAAUGAAUGACACGAGGAAACGAGCUGUCUCGAUGGAGAGAGAGCAGAGUCCCGAUCGGAAGAAGAGUUGUUCUGUUAGCAAUAACUCGUCCGAUCCUGAUGCACGAGCUAGCAAGGUUAAACGUGAAUCAAUUAUUACGACAAUCGAGUCGGCGAUAUCAUCCUACGAUACCCUGUCUUCGAUCAAGCCUACCACACCGCAGGACGAAAUCAAAUCAAUAGCUCCAAGAAAUGCUGGCGCGGGGAUUUUCUUUGGCGAACUGGAUGCACUGCUUAGGUUCUGA